AUGGAAAACGAAGAAACUCCUCUCAUCAGCAACGUAGAUCCUCACGAUAUGGAUAUUUGUGUCACUGCUGUAUUUCCUGAUGGUACUAAGAAAGUCUACAACUUCGAUAAUAACGACACAGUUGAUCAUAUGAUGAAGCUGAUCAAAAACGAUCCAUCAAUUCAAAUACCUUCCGGUCGAAAUUUAUGCAUUAUGUAUCAAGCCAAAAUGCUAAAAGACUCACAAAAAUUUGCAGAAAUUUCUGAUCUACCAGCUUUUUCUGUUAUUAUUAUGUUCAGAAUGAAUCAGGCAGACAUACAUCUUGAUUCCUCAAAUAAUACAACAGAGCUGCGUGGUUUCGAUCGUCUUACAAGGAUGAAUUACACUCAAGAACAAAUCGAAGAAAUCAGGCAGCACUUCCACGAAAUGAGAGGUGGCCUAGAUGAUGCAGAUGAGCAGAAAUAUGAAGCUGAAGAAGAAUGGUUACCUGUCAUAUUCAAUUGCGAUAAUCCUCUUGAUGCCUUUGAAACACUGGACGCUCAAAGACCUAGGAGGAGACGUCAUCAUACUCACGAGCAACGAGUCGAAACAGUGGAUCAAGUAUCUCCUUCUGCCAUUUCUACCUUUAUUUUCGCAGUGGCAAUUGGAAUUAUUUUUGGACCUCUUUCAUUGAUUUGCUUCUUCUUUUCUUUUCAAGACCUACCAGGCUUUAUUGGAAUCAUUUCUGGUGCCUUAAUUCAUUUCUUAUUGUUCGCAUUACAUGACUUUAAGUACUUUUGA